AUGGAUCAAAUAGUUUCCAACAUAAGCUCAGGCGACAUCCUCGUCACAUACACUGUUCCUAAUGAGGAAGACGGCACGUAUCAAGUCCCAUUCAGUGCCAUUGAUGGCUUCCACAAUUCCAAAAUGGAAAAUGGGAUUAUCCUUGGUGCCACGAUUGGUGCUUCAUCCAUGUUGUUAAUCAUGUUGGCCGGUAUUUGGUUUAAAAAUUUCCACAAGUUGAAGAGAUCAUUACUUUUCAAUUUGAAUUUUGCAAUCUUGUUGAUGCUCAUCAUGAGAUCAGCAUGUUAUAUCAACUACUUGAUGAAUGGCUUGUCAAGUAUCAGUUUCUUUUUUACUGGUGUUGUUAAUGGCGCUUCAUUUCUGAGUUCAGAUGCUGCCAAUACAUUCAAGGUUAUCUUGGUUGCACUUAUUGAAUUUUCAUUGACAUAUCAGAUCUAUGUCAUGUUCAAAACACCUACAUUCAAGAUUUGGGGUGUGAUUGCUUCAUUGUUAGCUGGCGCAUUGGGGUUGGCCACGAUUGCUACUCAAAUCUACACAACUGUGAUGUCACAUAUAAACUUUGUCAACGGUACAACUGGAUCACCGCUGCAAAUCACCACAGCAUGGAUGGACAUGCCAACCAUUCUUUUUUCAGUCAGCGUCAAUGUUCUUUCAUUGUUUUUGAUGUUGAAAUUGGGAUUGGCAAUUAGAACCAGAAGGUACUUGGGAUUGAAGCAGUUUGAUGCGUUCCAUAUCUUAUUCAUCAUGUCGACUCAAACAAUGAUUAUCCCAUCGAUUAUUCUUUUUGUUCACUACUUUGACAAGGACGACUCGCAUACAACUUUAGUCAAUAUUUCACUUCUCUUGGUGGUUAUCUCAUUGCCAUUGAGUUCAUUGUGGGCCCAAACAGCAAACAACGUGAGACGUAUCGAUACAUCACCAAGUAUGUCCUUCAUCUCAAGAGAGUCAUCCAAUAGAAGCGGCAAAGAGACUUUGCAUAGUGGAGUGAGAAUAUCAAAGUUCAACACGUCAAAUACAGUCAAUUCCACACCGGGAACGUUGAAAGAUGAUUCAUCGUUCAUAUUGGACAGAUCUGUCGCUGUGCAAGAUAAAGUUGAUACUGGAUUACCCAAGGACUUGGAAAAGUUUUUAAACAAUGGUUUCAAUGAAGGUGAUGACGGGAUGAUUGCUAGGGAGAUUACAAUGUUGAAGACGCAUAAUACCAAUCAAUAG